AUGACCAAGCCCUUCCGGCUGCCACCGCCGUUGCUGCUGCUGCUGCUGAAAGAGGUAGCGUUUAGGCAGUGGUGUAAGUACUACGAAAAGCGGUUGCUGGACUUCUGCGCCGUCUUCAAGCCCGCCAUGCCGAGAUCCGUGGUGGGAACAGCUUGCAUGUAUUUCAAACGCUUUUACCUCAAUAACUCGGUGAUGGAGUAUCAUCCUCGGAUAAUAAUGCUAACAUGUGCAUUUUUGGCCUGUAAAGUAGAUGAAUUUAAUGUGUCCAGUGCACAGUUUGUUGGUAACCUUCGAGAAAGCCCUCUUGGACAGGAAAAAGCUCUUGAACAAAUACUGGAAUAUGAACUACUGCUUAUUCAGCAACUGAACUUCCAUCUUAUCGUCCACAAUCCAUACAGGCCAUUUGAGGGAUUUCUAAUUGAUUUGAAGACUCGCUACCCAAUGCUGGAGAAUCCUGAAGUUUUGAGGAAAACAGCUGAUGACUUCCUCAGUCGAGUGGCUCUGACAGAUGCGUAUCUGCUCUUUACUCCCUCACAGAUAGCUCUCACUGCCAUAUUAUCUAGUGGUUCAAGAGCAGGAAUUAAUAUGGAAAGUUAUUUAUCAGAAAGUCUUAUGCUGAAAGAAAACAGAACAUCCUUAGCCAAGCUACUGGAUGGCAUGAAAUGCAUGAAAAAUCUCAUAAAGAAAUACGAACUGCCAAGGCCUGAAGAGGUUGCUGCUCUAAAACAGAAAUUAGAGAAGUGUCACAGCUCGGAGCUUUCACUUAAUACAAACCCGAAGAAGAGGAAAGGUUAUGAAGAUGAUGACUAUGUUGCAAAGAAAUCUAAAAUGGAUGAGGAAGAGUGGACUGAUGAUGAUCUUGUGGACUCCGUCUAACCUUGAAGGAAGAUGGAAUCCUGCCACCGCAGAAACUACUGUUUGGUGUCAAGUGUGAACCUGCCUGCCACAGGUUCCUUACUCUGUGUCAUGAGGUAUUUAUUCUGUCAAUUUUUAGUAUCUUUGCAAUAAAGCAUUUGACUUUGCAAAAAUAA